GAGUCUCUGUGAUCCAGGAGAAUCCGAAUCCGAGGCGUCUAAUUGCUGUGCAAUUGAGUUUGCAUGAAACUUUCACCUCCUCUGCAGGAAUUGACUCUUGUGAUUUCGGGAGAGAGUUUUACAUCUCUCUGACUACAGACCAUUACACCUCCCUAUUUUUUACAACAGAAUUGACUUUUAUUUUCCAACCCGACAUGGAUGUACUCCCAAUGUGCAGCAUCUUCCAGGAACUCCAGAUUGUGCAUGAAACGGGUUACUUCUCAGCUUUACCAUCCCUGGAAGAAUAUUGGCAACAGACCUGCCUGGAAUUGGAACGUUACCUCCAGAGUGAGCCCUGUUAUGUGUCAGCGUCGGACAUCAAAUUUGACAGCCAGGAAGAUCUGUGGACCAAAAUCAUUCUGGCUCGGGAGAAAAAAGAGGACGCGGAACUGAAGAUUUCGUCCAGCCCCCCAGAGGACCCGCUGAUCAGCCCGAGCCUUAGUUACAAUUUAGAGACCAACAGCUUAAAUUCAGACGUGAGCAGCGAAUCAUCUGACAGCUCCGAGGAACUUUCACCCACUACUAAAUUUACCUCCGAUCCGAUAGGUGAAGUUUUAGUCAAUUCAGGAAAUCUCAGCUCCUCAGUCACGUCCACUCCUCCUUCCUCUCCAGAACUGGGCCGAGAACCCUCUCAGCUGUGGAAUUGUUUACCUGGGGAACUGCAUUCACCGGGUAAAAUCCGUAGUGGGACUGUGGGGAAGCCCGGCGACAAGGGCAGUGGGGAUGGCUCCCCAGAUGGCAGGAGGAGAGUCCACCGGUGCCACUUCAAUGGCUGCAGAAAAGUUUACACCAAAAGCUCCCAUUUGAAAGCACAUCAGCGCACUCAUACAGGAGAAAAGCCUUACAGAUGCUCCUGGGAAGGAUGCGAGUGGCGUUUUGCAAGAAGCGAUGAGUUAACCAGACACUUCAGAAAGCACACCGGUGCCAAGCCUUUUAAAUGUGCUCACUGUGACAGGUGUUUUUCCAGGUCUGACCACCUGGCCCUUCACAUGAAGAGACACCUCUGAAGAGAGCAGAGAGGUGAAUCCUGUGGGUUAAAAGGCGUCAAGGCUGAGACCCGGCCUGGGAAGGCGGGAUGCGAUUCCAGCCAAAGCAUGCCAUUUUGCACCCUACCCAGCUGCCUCCAGGACCUCUCCUUGGAAGGUCUUUUGAGGGCUCAAAAAGUCAUGGAAGAAGCGGCAUAGCAGCCAUGGCGCAUGAUGUUUGGGUGAUCCUGGACUCGUCACUGGUACCUGACCUUCUGAGUGGCUCCUAAGCCUUUGCCGUGAGCAUGUGCACUGAGAAUGUUAAUGGGUGGGUUGACUGUAUGUUGAGGACCUAUGACUGGCUGUAUGAUGAGGCCGACCUUUUAUCCUUGUGGUAACGGAACCACAAGAGACAGGACAAAAAGGAGUUUGAAUGUUUUGUGUGUGAGGAGUAUACCUUGAGAUGCGAUGACCACCAAUCAUUUCCUGGGGGGAGGGUUAUCUGCACCUUAGAAAAACAACACAAAAAAAACUACAAAAUAAAAAA